AUGUCAGUUUAUGGUUAAAAAGAACUAAAUCAAGAAAACUAAAUUAUAAAAUCCAAAUUAUUUUGUGAAAUUCUGAAUGGAAUAGAUGAAUAUAUAUAAAUUUUACAAUUGGAGAAUAACAUGUUUGGGAUUAAAGCUUCAGACUCCACAUAUUAGAUAGCAUUCAAUUCAACAAACUAAAUAUAAGAUUACUAAGAUGUGCUAAUAAUUUAAGCUAACAAGGAAUUUGAUGUAAGAUGAAAAUUAUUCUUUAGAUUAAUGUGUACUUUAAUUUUCCUGAUUAUCAAAUAAAAAGCAAUUAUGUUGGUGGGCUUUUGCAUAAACAAAUGAAAUUUUUUAUAGAUGAUGAAAACCAAAUUUAUUUGAAUAUCAUUACAUUUUCUCAAACUUCAUAUAAAGAAUUCAACCUAAAAGACUUUGGUAAAAUUAGUCUAUAAUAAAUAUAUGAUGACUCUGAAUCAAUUUUUCUCUAAAUGAUAUUUGUAACUCCGUAAAAUGUAGAAGCCCAAAUAAAUAACAUCAUUUCAAAUUUGAAUUAAUUGAAUAGAAUUUGUAAAAUUAAUGAAUGCAGAACUGAUUUAUAGUUACAGCAUUUUAUCGAAUAAACAGACAUCUUCCAAAUAUACCCAGCAAAUAUAUUAAAAGGUAAAAUUUUAAAUAAUCUUAGCCUAGUUUUCAAAAUAUAAGUACCUUUAAGAUUUUAACUUACAUAAUAAUAUAUUUUAUGCUGUUGUUUAAAGCGAGUAUGAAAUUAUUUAAGAAAUACAAACAAAUUCUUGCAAUAUAAGUAUGCAAGAUUAAAUUCUAAUAAAAAAUUCUACUUAUUUAUGGCAUUAGGAGUUCUGUAACAACUCAUAAAGUUACAUAUAUAUAAUCCAAACCAAAAAAUGUACUAUUUCUAAUUAAAUCUAAGUUAGGUUAAGACAUUAAAAAAUGUGAAAAUUAUAUUUUCUCUAUUGAGUCUAAGAAAAAAUAUUAACCUGAGAUGUUAAUCAAUCAUUUCGCUACUUUUAUUUAAAAAUCAAAUUGUAAAUCCUUGGAGAGAAUUAAAUAGCUAUUAUAAAUCAAUGGCAUCUUUUUAUAAUAAUAUUCAGUUGAUUCAGAAUCAAAAUAUUAGGAUCCUUUAAGCAUUAAUAAAGAGCACUAAGAUAGAAAUUUUAUAAUUGAACCUAUUUAAAAUUUUAACAUUAAAGAUAAAAUUGAGGAUGAUGCUAAUUAAAUUUCAAUUUUAGAAUUAUCUCAUAAUUUAGAUGAAAAAUCUAUAUAUAAGACAUUAAAUGGAGUUUAUAUUCCUUAAGAUCCUGAAAUAUUUUUAAAGGAUGAUGUUGAGUAAAUUUAAAAAGAAAUCAUAUACGAUAAACAUGAAGAAGCACUAACUUAAUAGAAUGAUUUUAAGAAUGAUCAAUAAUAAAGUUUAUUGUAGACAGACAAUGAGAAUUAGUAGAACAUUGAUUUUAUUGUUUAUGAAGAUCCAAUGAGUUGGAUAAGUUAAGAUAAUCAAGAUGUAGAAGUCUUUUAAUUUAAUGAGGAUUAAUAAACUACAGGUAGUAAAACAUCAAUCUAAACCAGCCAAAAUAAUGAAAUAUAAAAUAGUGAUCAAGCUCCAUCAAUUUUAUAAAGUCAUAAUAAUAGUAAUCAAGAAAAACAAAAUUAAAUACUAUAAUUUUAAGAUACACAUAAAUUAAAUUUAUAAAAUUAAUAGGAUGGUAUGAUAAUAGAAUAAUAAGCAAAAGUAGAAGAGAUUAUUUUGGAUGAUUAAGAUAAUUCACAGUCCAAAAUCAUUUAAGAGGAUUAAAUUAAAUCAUAUUAAGAUUCCUAAAGUUUUAAUUUAUAAGAAUAAUAAUAAGAGUAGUAAAAAUACUAACAAUAAGAGUUAUAACAACAACAAUAAUAACAAUAACAAUAACAAUAACAAUAACAAUAACAAUAACAAUAACAAUAACAAUAACAAUAACAAUAACAAUAAUAAUAAUAAUAAUAAUAAUAAUAAUAAUAAUAAUAAUAAUAAUAACAGCAAUAAUAUGAGUAAUAAUAAUAACUGGUAUUUACAACCUAAGAUAAUCAAUAAGACUCUAAUUCGAAGUAGGAGCCUAGAGAGUAAAAUUAACUAUUUGGAGAAAAAAAAAAUGAAAAUAAGGUUUAUUAAAGUCAUAAAAAAUAAUAUCAAGAGCCUGAUGACUAUUAUGACUAUGAUGUUUAUUCAUCAAUGUACAGUGAUUAUGAUAGUGACUAUGAUUAUCAUGCUAGAAGACAUUUAAGUCAUCAUCAUAGAGAACCUUAAAUAAAACAUUUCCAUCAUCAUUCUCAUCACAUAUCCAGAGAAGAGAGGGAUUACGAUGAUAUAAAGGAAAAUUUAAAUGGAUAGAGUUAUUAAGGUUAAAAAUAAAAUUUAAGAGGAAAACAAAAGAACUAUUAAUAAGAAGAUUCUACUAUCCCUAUCAUUGCAGAUAGAAUCAUAAUUGAAUAUAAUUUUGUCAAUGCAAAAUAAAAGGAUGUAAAACUUAAUGAGAAUGAAGAAAAAUCUUAGAACGAAGGAGAAGAAGUUGAUUAAAAAGAAGAAAAAAAUAAUUAAUAAAAACAAUAAAAAGCCAAUAAAAAUAAAAAUAAUCAAGAAGCAGAAGACGAAGCAAAAGAAUCACAAUAAUAAGAUGACUAAGAAAAAUAAUAAAAGAAUAAAUCCUAAAAUAAAACUUAGAAUAAGGCAUAAAAUAAAAGUUAAGACAAAAAUAAGGGAGAGCCGAAAAAUAAAUCCUAAGAAAAACCUUAAUCAUAAGCUAAGGAAAAAGAGAAGAAUAAAGAAAAAGAAAAAUAAUAAAAUAAAGAAUAACCUAAAUCUAAGGCUAAAUCAUAAGCAAAACCAAAAAAUGAAGUUGAAAAUGAAGAUAAAGAGCAAGAGUAAGAACAAGAGUAAGAACAAGAAUAAGAAAACCAAGACCAAGACCAAGAGAAUUAAGAAUAAGAAAAUGAAGACUAGGAGAAUUAAGAAUAAGAAAAAAACGAAGAGAAAGAAAAUGAAGAUGAAUAAGCUCAAGAUUAAGAAAAUAAUGAAGAAAAAGAGAAUGCCGAAGAAAAAUAAAAUGAAGAGGAGAAAGGAGAAGAGAUGGAUGAAGAUGAUUAAUGGAGAGGGUUUAAUUCAAAAGACAAAACAAAAAAGAAGGGUAAAAGCAAAGGGAAUGGGAAUAAGGAGGAAGAAGAGGAAGAGGAUGAUGAAUUGUAUGAUGGAAAUGGAAGAUAUAUAAGAAAUCAUCCUUAUUAUCAUCAUAGAAAGAAUAAAAAGUUACAUUACCCUUAUAAUUAUCCAGGUAGAUAUCCUGGAGAUGAAUUGUUUGAUGAAGAUUUAAUUUGGAGAUAUCGGUGUAUGAAUAAAUAGAACAGAUAUUCAAAUCUAGAAAACCCAUUUAGUGGUUAUCCUUAUAGGCAUCGCUAAGUUGUUAAUUCAAAUCCUUAUUAUAAUGGUAAUCCAUAUCUAAGACUUAAUCCAUAUAGUAAAUAAACUUCUCCUACAAGUUGUGUUCCUUGGAUGGUUCGAUAAAAUUAUUCCCCUAAUUCUGGGUAUAGGAGGCACUCAAAUUUAUAUAGAGGAAAAUAUUAGGAUCCAGAAUAUCAAUUAAGAGAAAUAUAUCUUAGAUAGCAGUAGUAAUAGCAUUCAAAACAACAGGUUUAGAGAUAUAGAGAUUAAGUUGGCUAUUAUAAUUGUUAUGGUUAUGAUGACAUAGGUCCAUAUUACUACGAACCAUAUGAAAAAAUAAUAGAAGACGAUCCUGGCUAUUAUUUACACAAUAAGAAUAUUAACUAUCCAUAUUUUUAUGGUCCUUAUAAUUAGACUAUCCAUUAUGGUCAUAAUUAUGUUAAUGAAAGGCAUUUUAAUACUAAAGAUGGAUUGAAAUCAUAGAAUCAUAGGAUGAUCUAAAAGAAUGUUGACUUUGAAUAGCAAGAGGAUGAUAGUUGCUUAUAAGUGUUUGACAAGUGCUAUUUUAAGGGAAGAAGUAUAAACUUAUGUGGAGAAUUCCCAGUAAUAACGGAAGAGCUAAAAGGAUUCAAAGUAUUUUCCUAUAUUGUACCUGAAAACCUUGAAAUCAGAUUUACAUAAUCGGAUUAGAACGAAGGUAAUAUAUUUUAUGUAUAUAUAGAUAAUGUAUCAAACAUAUCUGGCUCUGAAGAAUGCUUGCAUACACCUUAUGAAUUGAUACCACAAUUAUGA